AUGCCCGGACCGUUGCCGCCGAGCUUGCCGCAGCAGUACGAUGCCCAGUCCCACAGCUUUGAGGCUGACCGAGCACGCCGCUUAGCUCUUCAAAAGGAGCUGGAGGAGCUGCAGCGGGAGAGUGAGCACGGCAAGCAGGUGUUGGACAACUUGGCCGUGAAGAUUCAAUCGCUGCGUGCUGAGGUCGAACGGCAGCGGAAGCUGAAGCCCGAGAGGGGCUGCAGCUCCUGCCACGCUGUGACGCUGCAGGUCGAUGCGGCAGCACAGAGCCUACUUGGUGCGGCAGGGCAUGUCGCCAGAACACUCCUUCGGGAUCCGAGUGCAGACAGAUCCGAGCUGCUGGGCACGGUGCUGCAGUACGUCGAGCCAGUGAAGCACCUGGACCCCGACCUGGACGACUUGUACAACCGAGCCCAGGCAAGUUUGAAUCGGCCUCCGCCCGGUCGCGCAACAGCGUCGACCCAGCUGCGAUGA